CCCAUUCAAGCGUUCGGCGUUCGCACGCGAGACCAUUCCUCCGCCAUGUCGAGCACGCUCCCUUUCCUCACCAAGGUCUCGGUAUACUGUACGGGAGCUGCGGCCUUCGGGUGGGCGCUUAUGAAGAUCACCGUGCCCACGCCGGACCAGGUGUACAAGGAGAUGUCCCCGGAUCUGCAGCGUGCGGUCGACUUGAAGAGACAGGUUCCGCACGGCCAAGCACCCUUGGUCGCGCAGGCGCGUGCCCAGGCGCACGCCGUGCCCGCCGACGACCCAGACAACGUCAAGCCCAUAUGGUCGGAUCGACGCUAGGGUUCUGUCUGCUUCUGUCUCGUAGGCUACGCCUGCUUUGUCAGAGUCGAGUCUACGAUGCGUUUGAUUACGCUUGCAAACACCUCUCAGUCCACGUUUGCG